AUGCUCACACGAGGUACUGAUCCUCAUCUCGCACCGAAACUACCUGAAUAUUUCCGCAAUGCAGGUAUAUUCCAUGAUGUCGAUUCCAUAGCAUUCGAUUGGCCUCUUACACCUUGGUCUCAAGAUCCUAAACAACGUUCAGUCGGAUCAGUGAUGAUGCGUGAUAUUCGCCAAUUCCCAGAUACCUCUCGAUUACUGAUAAUUGAUGCUGCGGGCAUCUCACCAGUCGAAUAUGAUAGAAUCAAGAUUAGGUUUCUACAGGAGAUUGAAUUGGAUUACAAGAUCGUUUGGAAUUUGUGGUCUGUUUGGGGGAUCAAGUCUGAUUGA